AUGAGAGCAACCAGAAUGCUCAGUGCGGCGAAGUCCGCGGGGCAUGUUGUCACUGUUGAGCAGAAAUAUACACUUCAAUCCUAUGGAAUAUGGGAAAAAAUCCGUCGAUUCCUCGCCGUUGACCCUAAUCGGUCGACUGGUGUUCCCAUCAAUGCGCAAUUCCGAAACCCUACUCCUGGCGCACUCCCUCCGCAAUCAUACACCGACCCUGUCACGCUUCCUGCUGGAGACAUCGCAGAUAAUCCAUAUUGGAAACGAGAUGUCAGAAGAAACUAUGCGCAGUCAAGUGUGUUAACGCAAGCGGAUGUUGUUGGACUUCUUAGCGUCGGAAGCAAAGCUGAACCAAACGAGCAAGCUCUUCUUCCCGGAGACGCUGGUGCGCAGCAGCUGGUUGAAUUAAAGAAAGAGGGUGAGGAGCGAGGCCUGUCAGCGUUCCUCGCUAGUAAACAGGGCGGCGUUUCCCGGGUGUUGGGACCCAAUGGACUCCCUCCACUCCCAGCAAACUUGAAUCGCAAUGCCAAAUAUCCGAAAAGCGACGAACAAUCAUAUCCCUCUGAGUAA